AUUAGUUGGUGUGUUGUUCUGUGGCUGUGUGAUUUCGCGUUCUGUGGGCUUAGUCACUUCUCGUGUCGUGAGUAAUUGGGACAUCACUUCACUGGUCACUUCUGAGAAGACCUUGACACAGAAGAAUGGAAUGUAGUGUGAAAUUUUUAUUUGCCGUAAUAUUGGUGAUCCUUGCUGAAGCGAGCCUGGGGGCCUUGAUCAGCCAGAAGCAUUUUGCGCAGAGUCCAGUGUUGCUCCCUCCCCCUGAGAGCAGCCUGGAUUGUCCAUGUAGCCAAGACCUGCUAUGUAUGCCCCUUGCUCAAGCCAAGGAGAAAAGUCCUUCCACACCUCAUGUUCAGGAAUAUGUCAAAAAGUCUGCAAAGAAAGAGGUAUUUGCAUUUGUUCUUAAGUGUGAUUCUUCAGUAUGGAGCAAGUUUGACUGGACCAAACUAACAACAAUUGCUAUUGCUGGUUUUUAUGAUCCCCAUCUUGUGUGCUUUGCUCAUCAGCAUGGAGUAAAAGUUGUCAAACUAGGUAACUUCCCAACAAGCAAACUGCCCAAUGCCACUGCUCGGGCAAACUGGGUUGACAUGCAAGCCAGUGACACUGCCCUUAAAUUCUUGGACGGAAUAAACAUUGACUAUGAGAUGCCAUUCAACCAAACAUCCAGAGCAAAAAGGCCCCAAGCCUUGUCCAGAGACUGCAAAUGUCCUCGGCUACAUGCUCGUUCACACGUCCUCGUAAUCUUCGUCUGGAUCUACGGUGGUCCAGGCAGGAGACGUCCUUUGCGGCAUCUCAGGGCGGUUGACGAGCUCCUGAAGUUGGCUGGAUCUGCAGGCGACGCCCAUCCACAGCAUCCUGGGAGAAUAGAUGCCAUUGCUGCGUUAAUGGGAAACAAAGUAUUGUUUGUCCUUGAGUACAGUAUUAGUGCGAGAGUGUGA